UCCAGCUUCAAUGCUUUGCAAGGAUUCCCACCUGCAGGACUCGGGGGGCCACUGCCCACUCUCGGAGACCUGGAUAUGGGGCCACUAUCCCCUGAAGGACGUCACUGCUUACCCUUGGGGGGCUUGAGGGCAUCCAGGUAUGCGCGGUGGGGAGGCCCCGGCCCACAGCACGAAUCUGGAAGGUCUUACCCUCGCGCCAGCCUUGAAGAUGCCCCGGGGGGCGUCAGCAGCUGCAGGGCCCCAGGAACCGCGGUCCCACCAGGGCUGCGGACCCCCGCUCACCCUAAACCCCUCAAGGGGGCCGCUGUGCGCCGCAGGCCUCCGCACGCACCCCCGCCCGUGACGUGACCGCACAGAGGGCGGCCACACCCCCCGGGCGCGGCCCGCGAGCGCAGGACGCUGCUCGCCCAGUCCCACCCCUCGGGGCAGGGUUCCCGCCCGCGACCCCUCGAGCCGGCCGGUCCUCGGGCCAGCGGGACCCACGGACCCACGGAAGGGCAAGGCGGCGGCCCCUGGGCGGCGGGACGGUCGUGAGGGCAGCCCCCGCGCCGAAGCCCCCUUCCCAGCCCCCCCCCGACAUGGCCCGGGGCGGCGGUCAGAGCUGGAGUUCCGGGGAGUCGGACGGACAGCCGGAGGAGCGGGGGGCCGAGGAGACCGGUCUCCCUGCCGUGGAGACGGUGGUGGUGAGUGAGGCCUGCUUCUUCGCAGAAACGCAGAGAACAACUGAGCACGAGCCCGGCUGCCUUGAGGACGGCUGUGAUGUCCCUCGAGGACUCGGCCGGCGUGAGGAGAGCUGGGAGGCCGCUGAGGUGGUUACUGCGGUGACCUCGGCGCAAGGUGGUGGCCUCUGCAGAGUGGGUGUGGCGUGUGUGAGACGGGGAGACUGGGCUGGGGCCUCUGGGGCCGGGGCUGGGUUAGGGUUUGCACACAGUGUCUGCAGCGUGCACGCGGACAGCUGUUCACGAGGCCUUGUACGAGUAAACAGUGAAACAGCCCUUGUGCGGUGGGAGGCCAGUGGCCGCGGCCAGGAGCCUGGGUUUCACCAGGUGGCGGGUUACGCCCUGGUCUGGCCUCACUGCCGCUGGCUUCCUGUGGGGUGCAGCCGAGGCUGGGAGGAGCGUCCCUUCUGCACUGGCCCUGUUUCCCUGCUCCACGAGGGAAGCGACGGAGCAGCCCAUGGCCGGCUAGUGUGGGGGACCGGGUGCAGAAUAGCCCCGUCUUUGCAUUCAUCAUGGGGGGGUCUGCGUGAUAAACAACUCAAGCCUUCUCUCUCUCUUUUUAUUUUAAAGUUCAAGCUCAUAUCCCAGGCAUAUGAAGUGCUUUCAGAUCCAAAGAAGAGGGACAUUUAUGACCAGGGUGGUGAGCAGGCGAUUAAGGAAGGAGGCUCAGGCAGCCCCAGCUUCUCUUCACCCAUGGACAUCUUUGACAUGUUCUUUGGGGGCGGGGGACGGAUGGCUAGAGAGAGAAGAGGCAAGAACGUUGUCCAUCAGUUGUCUGUAACUCUUGAAGAUUUGUAUAAUGGAGUCACGAAGAAGUUGGCCCUCCAGAAAAACGUAAUUUGUGAGAAAUGUGAAGGUGUCGGUGGCAAGAAGGGGUCUGUGGAGAAGUGUCCCCUGUGCAGGGGCCGCGGGAUGCAGACCCACGUCCAGCAGAUCGGGCCGGGCGUGGUGCAGCAGAUCCAGACCGUGUGCAUCGAGUGCAAGGGCCAGGGGGAGCGCAUCAACCCCAAGGACCGCUGCGACAGCUGCAGCGGCGCCAAGGUGAUCCGCGAGAAGAAGAUUAUCGAGGUACACGUGGAAAAAGGUAUGAAAGAUGGGCAGAAGAUACUGUUUCACGGAGAAGGCGAUCAAGAGCCUGAGCUGGAGCCCGGCGAUGUCAUAACUGUGCUUGAUCAGAAGGACCACAGUGUCUUUCAGAGGCGAGGCCACGACUUGAUCACGAAAAUGAAGAUUCAGCUUUCUGAAGCCCUUUGUGGCUUCAAGAAGACAAUAAAAACGCUGGACGAUCGAAUCCUCGUUAUCACGUCCAAGUCGGGCGAGGUGAUAAAGCACGGGGACCUGAGGUGUGUGCGUAACGAAGGGAUGCCCAUCUACAAAGCACCCCUGGAGAAGGGGACUCUGAUCAUCCAGUUUCUAGUCAUCUUUCCCGAGAAACACUGGCUUCCUGCAGACAAGCUUCCGCAGCUGGAGGCCCUGCUGCCCCCGCGGCAGAAGGUGAGGGUCACGGACGACAUGGACCAGGUGGAGCUGAAGGAGUUCAACCCCAGCGAGCAGAACUGGCGCCAGCACCGGGAGGCCUACGAGGAGGACGACGACGGGCCGCGGGCCGGGGUGCAGUGCCAGACAGCGUGAGCAGCCGGCGGCUGGGCUAACGCCACCACUGUAACGUUGGCACAAUGAAAAUGGCAUCGCCUAACGGCCUGGCGUUUGGGGUGUCCUGUGUAUGUGUUCAGCCUUCUCAGUUGCUGAGUGUCUUCUUGGUUUUUGUUUUUCUUUUGGUUGUCACUUAAGUUAUAGCUUAAUUUAUAUUUAAAUGUUUCAAGUGUAAAUCACCUCCAGUCUGCAUAUGGAAUCUGUUCAUUUGCAUUUUCAGGAUACUUUUGAGAUGCCAGUGACUGCACUGACACCUGCUUGUGGGGGCUUGGCCGUACCCUGUCCACCAGUGCAGGCCCUCGCAGGGCCCUAGGCACCGCCUCCCGGCGCGGCUGCCCUGCCCUCCCUCCCUGGUUUCUGAAUCUAGAUUCUAGGUGACCCUUGUCCAGAACAAAAGCACAUCUGUGGACUGGGCUUGGCCCCAGGGCCUGGUUCACACAGAGUGGGCUGCGGGGCCAACGUCCGUGCUGCUGCUCUGGAGCUGCAAUGGGUGCGUGAUCAUCUCUCUUGGAGGCUUCUGGAAGCUUCUGGCCACUUCUGGCCUUGUGGUGAGGACAAACCAGUGUUAUAAGUGAAACGCCGACAUAACUGUCUGCUGGGCACCCCACACCUUGUUCUCUCUGGUUGUGAUGAUUUUCUGCUGGCAGCCUCUGCAGUGCUCUUCGCCAAUGUGCUUACCGUAAAGAAAAGGACACUCGGCACGUGCCCCGAGGGCAGCAGCAGAGGCUGCGGGAGCAGUAGCCUAUUCUGGGCAGGCACAGACGUCCGUCUGCACCCCUCCCAGGUCCAGCUACCUUCCAGAGAUGGCUCCUCUGGCUGCACAGCCAUGGGACACAGGGCUUCCUGCUCAGGGGACGUGGUUUUGGCGAGAAGCGUGCUGCCUGGGCUCCACUGUGCUCUGUGGUGUGGGCCACCUGCCCGUAGGGAUGGUCCUCACUGCUUCACUCCCAGCAGGCAGCCACAGCUCACACGUAGGGUCACCGAAGCCCUUAGCCGUCACUGGGCCCUUCCUUUCCACAGCCGUAGGGAGGAGAAAGUGCCUUUGAGCAGCCAGGCUACAGCGGAGGUCGCGCGUCAGACCUGCCCUCCCUUGGUUCUGCAGAAGCUAAGAGUCUGACGCAGACCACGGCCGCCCACGGGAGGGUGGAGGGGCCCAUCAGGCCCACGCAGUCGGCGGGAGCUGGCUUAGGGGGGACCAGGCUCCAGCAGGAACGUGCGGGCGGGCCCCACUUGCUCAGAAUAGUGCCCGCUUUGACCGUUGGUCAGGAUAGACCUAAAACCUACCCUUCCAAUCAAGCCUGUGUGAAAACCCAUUUACAAAUGGACCACAACUCCAGGGUGUCCCGUUGGUGCCGCGAAUUCCUGUCACCGCAGAGCUGCUGCUGAGGGGGCGGAAUCAGGUUCAGCUCGAUUCCUGGUCGUGGAGAUAGGACUUGGAGGGUGUUGCUUAAGACGGACUCCACCUGUACAUCUGUCACUUCAAAAUUAAAACUGAGCUGGGAUGAGA